AUGGAGUUUGAUGAAGAUAAUGUUAGGCCGGAAGAAGAAGAAGAAGAAGAAGAAGAAGAAGAUAGACUGAGCAAGUUGCCAGAUGAGGUUAUUCGUAAUAUCCUGUCUUGUAUUGAUAUGAAAUUUGGUGUUCAAACAUGUUUGUUGUCAACAAGAUGGAGGCUUGUCUGGACAUCAAUCCAUUGUCUUAAUUUCUCAAGACGGGAAUUUGGUUGUUUUCCAAAGUUUUCCGAAUUCGUGACCAAUGUUUUAUCUAAAUGCGACCAUCAAAUGCAAGUGUCAUCCAUAAACCUACUACUUUUCCUUAGAGAAGCCUCUUUAACAACUUUGUAUCUCAGUGACUUCAUAUUAGUAUCUCAUAAAACCACUAAGGACUCUCUACAUGAUAAUAUUUUCACCAAGUGUGUCAACUUAAAGAACCUCACUUUGUGCUGGUUCGAUCUCGUGGGUGGUGUAGAGGUAUUUGACAUAGUAGCCACUCGACUUUCUAAUCUCAUUCUUAUUCACGGAAGAUAUGUAAAAGUCAUGAAUAUGAUUGCACCCCAACUUGAGAAUCUGACAAUAACUGACACCUCAUUGGAGUACUUGAAUGCUCCAUCAGGAGUUCCAUCUUUGUGCUAUAAGGGUGAUCCUCCCCUGCAAUUGUCUAAAGAUCGAUUUCACUCCCUAAACCAAGUCAUUAUAUGUUUGGGUUGUUAUCCACAUUUUGGAGAUGCUCGUAAGAUUAUUAACAUUCUUCAAGAGCUCCGUAGUGCCUCAUAUCUAACACUUAAUGUGGAAAUCAUUGAGGAAACGCUUGGGCCCGCUUUUAUGCCAACUAACUGGUGGAGGUAUGUACGUAAGUACACUUUCAACCCAUCAUCUGACAUUGUAUAUGAUCGUCAUGUAUCAAGGAAGAACAAGAAGGAUAAGAAGAAAAAGAAGAAGAUGAAGAAGAAGUUAUCACGUAUGGAUGUCGUCAUGGUGAUUCAGAUGGCUUUCCGAUCAUAUGUGAUCCGUAGGUCCCAAGCCCUUUGUGCAUUACGUGAGUUAGCUGUUGCAAAGGGGAAGUGCUUAAAGAUCUCCCGGCGUAAUGAUCCAAAAGGAAACAACACGUAUGGUAUUUGUAUUGUUAGUGCAUUUUCUACUUCCAUGUUAUGUUAA